UUUUAGUUAGCCAGAAUUAUUCAACGGAAUAUUAAAAUUCAACAACAAACUGUGCUGAGGGUUCUAUAUUCUACGGAAUAUUACUCAAAGACGAGGAAAUUUUUGAGCUGUGCGGUUGGUGUGCGCGGAACGUCGUCGUGAAUAAAAAAGGCGAAAAAACCGCUGCUCUCGAAAAAUAAUUUACAAGUACGAACGAUUUUCAUCUGGACUGCAGAAAUAGUUAACAAAAUUAAUUGUCAUUUUUGCGCGAUCAUAUGCGUGUUUUUUGUUGGUUUCAGCACGGGAUUAGAUAGAGCAAGAGCAAGAGAGAGGCAAAACAAAAAAAAAACAAUUACACAUUAAUUCGUCGGAGUGGAACCGUUUGUUAUACAUAUAUCCGAAUCGGAAAUCGGUAUCGGAGUGCUGUGCUGCAAGUGAAGUAACGUUUUCUAUAAACGAUUUCCGUGGCGAUGUCCACCGCCGUCGAAACGGGGUCGUCGCCAGCCAAAAGCAACAACAAUGGCAACAGCAGCGGAGGCGGCGGCGGCGGCGGCAAUGGUAAUCCCAGUACCAAUCCGAAAGGUGUUCAGCGCCGUCAAUUGCGCGAGCGCAAGCAGCGGAAGCUCUACCUCGACGAAUGGUCGUUGGGCGAUGACGAUGGUGAGGGGGCGCGCGGUUUCAGUGUUGCCGAGAAGCUCGAAUCUUCAAAGUUUGCGCAGUCAGGGAUGGUGCGGGAGAUGCGCGGCUGCGAUUUAACCGUCGCAUUCCUGCAGCAACAUGGCUUCAACAUACCCUUACUCUUUAGAGAAAAGAACGGGUUGGGUCUCCGCAUGCCCGAUCCGCAAGAGUUUACCGUGGGCGAUGUGCGGCUGUGCGUGGGAUCGCGUCGUCUGCUGGACGUGAUGGAUGUGAACACACAGAAGAACCUCCAGAUGACGAUGAAGGAGUGGCAGCAGUACUACGAGUGCCCGCAAAAGGAUCGAUUGCUGAACGUGAUCUCGCUGGAGUUCUCGCACACGCGACUGGAUCGCUUUGUGCAGAGCCCAGAGAUUGUGCGCCAGAUCGACUGGGUGGAUGUAGUAUGGCCCAAACAGCUGAAGGAUGCCCAGAAGGAGGGCACCAAUCUGCUCGGCGGCAUGAUGUACCCCAAGGUGCAGAAGUACUGCCUGAUGUCGGUGAAGAACUGCUACACUGACUUUCACAUUGACUUUGGCGGCACCUCCGUCUGGUAUCACAUCCUCAAGGGCAGCAAGGUCUUCUGGCUGAUACCGCCCACCGAUCGCAACCUGCAGCUCUACGAGAAGUGGGUGCUGUCCGGCAAGCAGGCGGACAUCUUCUUCGGCGACACCGUGGAGAAGUGCGCCCGCGUCUAUCUGACGGCCGGGAACACCUUCUUCAUACCCACCGGCUGGAUCCAUGCCGUCUACACACCCACCCAGUCGCUGGUCUUUGGGGGCAACUUCCUGCACUCGUUCGGUAUCGUGAAGCAGCUGAGGACGGCCACCGUCGAGGACAUUACAAAGGUGCCGCAGAAGUUUCGCUACCCCUUCUUCACCGAAAUGCUCUGGUAUGUCCUCGCUCGCUAUGUCUACACGCUGCUCGGCCACUCGCACCUCGAGGGGGAGCCCUCGGCCAGCGAGGCAGAGAUGGCCGCUCGCCCGCACAUCCAUCUCACGCACUACGAGCUGUUCGGGCUCAAGGAGAUCGUCAUGUAUCUGUACGAUCUGCCGCCGCAGAAGAAGAAUGUGCCCAGUCUUGUGCUGGAUCCCGUGGCCCUCAUCAAGGAUGUGCGCACACUGGUGGAGCGGCACUGCAAGGACCAGCAGGAUCAGGCCGUCACGGGCAUGUCCGUACUGAGAACGGCCUCCGAGGAGCAGGCAGGUUUUCACCUGUACGACCGCACAAGGGUCAAGCAGGAGAUCAAACAGGAGAUUGUCCGAAAAAAUGCCGAGGUAAUCCGCGAACAGCAGCAGCUCGAGGCGGGCAGGGAUGGCGCAGUGGCUGCCUCCGGUGCCGUUGUGGCUGGCAUUGAGUACAGCAACGGAGUCCUGAAAAAGGAGCAACUGGAGAAUGGCGCAGGAGCCACUGGCCAGGGCGGACCAGCACAACCAGCAGAGGCCACCUUUGUCCUGCCCACGGAUACACUAAAGUACCGCCCGCCCAAGAAAAUGCAUCUGGCAAAUGCAGUGGCAGCGGCAGCGACCAGCACCAGCACCACCGGUGGAUCAGGAGGAGGACCAUCCGUUGGAGGAACUGCAGCAAACAGCAACAGUCUACCCACUGGGGGUGGGGGAGGUGCAGUCACAGGCAAUGCCAUCAGUGUGAUUGCCACGUGCUCCAAUUAUAAUAAUUUGAGCAGCAGUGAGGCGGCAUCCCUGGACAACAACUGUGCCUCGCCCGGGGAUGGUGCCAAGCUAUCGCCCCAUCUGACGGGCACCGGCCAGCCGAGGCGACGCCGCACGCGCUGCAAGAACUGUGCCGCCUGUCAGCGCUCCGAUUGCGGCACCUGCCCCUUCUGCAUGGACAUGGUCAAGUUCGGUGGACCGGGACGGGCCAAGCAGACGUGCAUGAUGCGCCAGUGCCUGUCGCCCAUGCUUCCAGUGACCGCGCAGUGUGUCUACUGUCAUUUGGAUGGAUGGCGCCAGACCCCCGUGUCGCCGCAGACCAAGCAACUGGCCACCGUGGACGGUCCCUCAGCUCUGAUGGAGUGCUCCGUUUGCUACGAGAUAGCCCAUCCCGAUUGUGCGUUGUCGCAGCUAGACGGCACCGAGGACGCAGCCGAUGCUAAGGGCAUAGUCAACGAGGAUCUGCCCAAUAGCUGGGAGUGUCCCAGCUGCUGUCGAUCCGGCAAGAACUACGACUACAAGCCGCGGCAUUUCCGGGCUCGUCUGAAAUCCUCCGAGGUGCGUCGCGUCUCCGUUUCCCAUGGCCCUGGCGGCGAAGCAACAGGCCAUGAGGGCACGAGCAGCUUGCUGCCGCCACCCGUCGGACAGUACACGGACUUCGUGUUCACCAGCGAAUCGGAGAUGGAGUCUGGAUCGGCGGGUGGCCACGUGACCCACUGGAAGCAUGGCAUGAAGCGGCACCAUCAGCUGGAGGUGAAGACCGAUCGGAACAACAGCUGCGACACUCCCUCCCCGGGGAUAUCACCGAAUGCGGUGGGGGGGGACAAGGUGAAGCGGCGCAAGAGCGACGAUGGGACGAGCGUGAGCAGCAGUAUGCAAGAGAGCAACGAUGCCCCAUGCAAUUCAUCCAUUGAUGGUGCAGCGGCAGGCGGAGGAGGAGGAGUGGCGACAGCUAGUGGCGGGGGCAGUGGUGGCAAUCAGUGGAGUGGCGGCAGUGGCGGCGGAGGCGGAGGUGGCUCUCGUAAGAAGAACUCGAUACGGUCACAGUUGGCCCAGCAGAUGCUCAACAACUCGAAUCGAGUGCUCAAGAAGCCGCAGUAUGUGGUACGGCCGGCAGCAUCCAGCAGUUCGUCCGGGAACAAUGCCAGCGGCGGAGGAGGCGGCAGCAAUGGCAUUAGCAAUGGAACAGGCCAAAGCGGCGGGGGAGGCGUCGGCUCUGGCGGGGAGCGCGGUGCCAAUGGCAGCGGCACGAGCGGCUCCAAUGGCAUCAACAGUCUGCAUCAUAGCAGCUCCCUGGCCCUGGACGCCACCGUGCUGAAGAUCAUCUUCAGGUAUCUGCCGCCCGAAACUCUAGUCACCUGCUGCUCGGUGUGCAAGGUGUGGUCGACGGCUGCCGUCGAUCCCGAUCUCUGGAAGAGCAUGAACUGCUCGGCGCACAAGAUGUCCGCGUCCCUGCUGACGGCCAUUGUGCGGAGGCAGCCGGAACACCUCAUCCUUGACUGGACGCAGAUAGCCAAGCGGCAGCUGGCAUGGCUGGUGGCCCGCCUCCCAGCUCUCAAGAAUCUCUCGCUGCAGAACUGUCCCAUCCAGGCAGUGCUGGCCCUCCACACCUGCCUAUGUCCGCCCCUCCAGACGCUCGACCUGAGCUUUGUGCGGGGUCUGAACGAUGCCGCCGUCCGGGACAUACUCUCCCCGCCCAAGGACUCGCGGCCCGGCCUAAGUGACUCGAAGACGAGACUGCGUGAUCUCAAGAUCCUCAAGCUGGCCGGCACAGACAUCUCAGACGUGGCCGUGCGCUACAUCACGCAGUCGCUGCCAUAUCUCAAGCACCUGGAUCUCUCCUCCUGCCAGCGCAUCACCGACGCCGGCGUGGCCCAGAUAGGCACCUCCAACACGGCCAUUGCUCGCCUGUCGGAGCUCAAUCUGAGCGCCUGCCGCCUCGUCUCCGAAAACGCGCUGGAACAUCUGUCCAAGUGCGAGAGCCUCAUCUGGCUGGAUUUGCGACAUGUGCCCCAGGUGAGCACACAGUCGGUGAUACGUUUUGCGAGCAACUCCAAGCACGAUCUGUGUGUGAAGGAUGUGAAGCUGGUGGAGAGCAGGCGGCUCUCGACCUCUGUGCGGUCUGUGUCCCUCGGCAGCAGUUGGCAUGACUAAAAGGACUCGCAGGGACAGGAAAUAUAGAAACAUAGGAAUAAGACAGCCCAAAAAACCUACAAUUUAAUGUUAUACAUUAGAUAUAUAUACAUAUAUACACAUUAGACCCUGCACUAGAUUCCCACUUCCCGAUCCUCACCUUCCACACUCCCGACACGCCACAAAAGGGAAUGCCAAAGAGAGCCGCGAGCGUGCCCUUUUGCAUAAUGUAUUUAUUAUAUAGAUACUACGAUAUAUGUAUGUACCCGAAUAUGUGCAAGCUAGUCAGCAGGUUCCGGGGGAUCAGAGUUCUCUCGUACGUUUGCUUACAGCCUCUUCUCCUUUACACUCUCGUUUCCUAUAUACGUAUUCCGUAUGUAUUCCCAACGAUCAGUAGACCAAUCAAUCCUCCUCUCAGUUUCCGAUCGAACGCACACCCACACACAACUCACAGUUUUGACAUAGCGUAGUGAUUAAUAUUAGCAUUCCCCCAUGACGGUAAAUACAUUUAAUCAGUGUCAUAUAAUUAAGGCAUGUCUAGAACUAGAUCUAGAUCUAGAGCAAGCAAGAGAACAGCACACACGGCUUUGUCUAGCUUAGAAAGUAGAGAUAGGGAGAUGGAGAGAGAGGGGAGGGGGUCCUACUACGUUUCAGAACUACACAUAAAGAUGGGGUCCAUCCUACAUGGAAUAUAAAUGUUUCUAUCUGAUUGGCUGUCCACACCCGAAUUAUCAUCGAAGGCCCUGCUGUGGAGGCACUGCUUAAGAGUGAAAUCAAUUGAUUUAGUCCCGUUCUCCAUAUACGUACAUAUACGUAUAUCUGCCUUAUUCACGUUGAUGUCAACCGAUUCCAAACGAUUUGUCGUAUUUUCGCGUCCCUCUUUUCAAGCGCUAAUAUCGCACAUAGUGGAUAAGUCCUUUCUGCCCUGCCAAUGAUACCCAAAUCCCAAUCCGCCUCCCCGUAGCAGUUAAAUUAGUGAUAAAACUGUGGCUAAAAAAACACACACACAUACUUAUCUUUAAAGUUUUACAGCAUUAUAUUAAAAAUAUAGAAUAAUGUUUCAAGAA